GUUCAACAACCUGAUUAUAAAAACCACUGCUUCAUUUGAUUGUGGUAAGUCCUGUCGGGAUGUGGCCUCAUUUACAAAGCACUGUGCAUGUGUGUUUCUCCUGAAAUAGCUUCUAGAGAAACAUUUCUUCCUUUUAAUUUUUCAGCAUUUUUGUUUCUUUGAAUACUUUUGUCUCUUGUUUAUGUUAACAUUUUAGUUGACUCAAUGAUGAGCUGUUAUUAAUGUGAUCAGUUUGGAAUUCAGGCAAGUUAGGUUAGUUCUUGGGUUUUUGCUAUAUAAAUUUUGCUAUGUAGAUAUAUUAUGUGUGCUGGUUUAAGUUGACAGUUUAUAUGUUUGUGUCAGGACUUGCCUCAGUACAUCUUUAAGUAUGCAAAAUGUAUUCUGUGGGCAUACUGAUCAAAUGAGAAAAUUCAUCUUUGCAGCCCUCUACCGGUUCUUUUUGAGUUUGAUGCAUGAAAUGAAAUUGAUCUCAAAAGUUCAGGCUUGUCUGUUAUUUUUUUUAACUUUGAUUUUGUACUGUGGUAAAAUGAAUCAUUUAGAAUACUUUGUAAUCUAAUAUUUUAAUAUGUUAACUGACAGCUAUUAAAUUCCACAUAUCACAGGUAUGUAAGCAUGUUUUCAUAGAGAAUUUUGCUAUAUAAAUAUUAUGUAGAAGAUAUUACUGAAAGUGUAACUUACUCAAAUUAAAAAGUUCUUUUGACUACUGAUAACAAAUACAUGCUUUCUUGAAAAUAAUACCAUAACUUUGAUAUCCUUUUUGUAAUACUAAAAAAAAAGAAAGAAGAAGAAAACUGAUUUGAAUACCUUAAAGUAAAUAUUUAGAAAAUAUGAGUGAGUGAUUGAUACUUCCUAACUCUCCUGAGAAGAUACUUGCAUGAUUGUAGAAUUUCAUGUGUUCUCUUAAGUUGAUAUUGAUUUCUUAAUUUACAAGUACGUGGCACACAGUGUAAAUAUUUUUUGGUUUGUUUUAUUCUGUGUAUCUUUCAAGUAAAACUCUUGUUUAUUUCCUAGGUAAUUAUCUUCUCCUUAUUAGGGAGGCUUUAAAGAUAUAUGAGUUUUACUACUCUGUGGGAUUAUAGCUAGCUACACCAUAUUGUAUGUAUAUGUAUGUAUGCAUAUAUAUGUAUGUAUGCAUAUAUAUAUAUACACAUAUAUAUAUAUAUAUAUAUAUAUAUAUAUAUAUAUAUAUAUAUACACACUCACACAUUUCAAGUGAAUUUUGUAUUAUGCUUUCUAACUCUUGAUCUGUUCCUGCUGAUGUGCACUAAAUAGAGCAUUAUUUAAUGAAGUGACAAGGGUAGAAGAGUCAUUGUUUGCUUUUAGAAAGGCUUCAUGCGUUCAGUGGAAAAUUUUAUAGUAAUGUUUUCAUUUCAGAAACCUUUUUUAUUUCUAUAUCUUCAAUAUCUAUAUUUUUAAUUUUUUUGUGUGUGAUGUUGGGAAUUGAGCACAGGGCUUUUUGCAUAUGCUAAAAAAGUACUUUGCUACUAUGCUUUUCAUUAGCAACUUCUUAGUGCUAUUUUGGGGUAAGCUGUAAGGCAGGGCAGUGUAGUGGCAGAACCAGGAGGCAGAAGCAGGCAGAUCUUUCAAGUUCAAGUUCAAGGCCAUUUAGAGCUAUAAACUGGGGCUCUGCUUUGCAAGGGUAAGGGAAGAGGGGAAGGAGGAAGAGGAAGAAAUUAGUUUAAAUUUCUUUUGAGCUGGAUGUGGUAGUAUAUGCUUGUAGUCCUGGCAUUUGGAGGGUAAAGUCAAGAGGAUCAAGAGAUCAAGGUUAUGUGGAGCUAUAUGAGAACCUGUCUUAAAACAACAAAAUGUUAGUGGGCGAGAGAGGACCUGCCUGAGUUCAGUUCUUAGCAUCUACAUCUGGCAGCUCAUAGCUGCUUUAAACUCCAGUCCCAGAAAAUCUCCUGUCCUUUGGCUUCUGAGGGCACCUGCAUGUGCAUGAUCAUGGUGUACAUAGACUUAUGCAGACAUACAUACAUACACAUAAACAAUUUUUUUAAAUGUUAAGGAAAAAGCCAGGAAACCUUUUGAGUAGAUUUAUAUUAAGCCCCAUUUAUGUAAGAUAUGCCCAAGUAAGAACAGCUUACUUUGAGAAGUUUCUUGUCCUGUGUUUUUAGGAAUUUCACUUAAGAUACUUUAAAGAAAGAAUUCUAUAAUUUUUAAAACAAAACAAAAAAAAACUUGCCUUCAUUUCAGGAGAAUAUUCAAAAUAUGUUAGGAUAUUGGGGGCAUUAUUACAGAACACUUAAAUAUCCAUAUAAAGACUAAUUAGAAAAUUGUAGAACACAUAAAUCAUGACCUUGACUUGUAAAUGAAGUUCAGAGGAAAGGUCAUUGUCAGCCUGUGUUAGUGGGAAAUAAGGUGUCUAGUCCUGAGGCGCUUAAAGCAUUAGAGUGAAUAAGGGGUGUGUCUAGGAGAUUACCUGGCCUGGAUCUGAGGAAGCAGCUUUGAAUAGCACUACUGUUUCCAUUAGAUAAGACUGAAAAAAAAAAAAACAACUGAGGUUAAUAGUCUUGCACAAGACUAUCCAGCAUAUGUAAUCACAAAGCUCUAACUUAUAGACAUGACUCUCAUUAAUUUUAUCUUUAAAAUAUUAAUAAUUUAUCAUUUCAAAGAGACCAGGUAUAAUAAACUCAUUUCCUAUCACCCAGACUGGUUACUAAUUCAUGGCUGAUAUUUUUAAACUCUGUCUCUACCUAUUCCCGACCCCCAACCCCGCCCCCUUUCACUCUUGACUAUUUGGUAUUUGAUUAAAAGCCCCUAUCUUUUAAGUUGGGUUUUUGUUUUGUUCUUUGGUAUUUAAAUCCAGAAGUUAAGAGAUACCUGAUGUACCUUAGAUGCUAAAGAAUAUCAGGAUCAGAAUCCUCUGAUAGGUAUGUCCUAUCUCAUAAUCAGAAGUUGGCUAUGUAGCUUUAGCUGCUCUUCACCUUCUAGGCAAAAGGGAAUGAGAAAAUGAGUAUUUUUGCGAAUUUCCAACAGGCAUCUGCUUUUAUGCCUGUCUCUAGAACAGGGAGACUGGUAAUAAAGAAAUACAGUCUUAAUUUAGGUAUGUUGUUGCCUCAAGCAAGACUGGCAGUUUAUUAAUAGUGAGCAUAGUCUUCCUCAUGCAAUUUUAGUAAGUAAUGUAAAUGUUGUCCUGUUAAAUUUACUGUGUUUUACGUAUAUUUUAAUAAUUUUAUACUUUUAUUUUAAUGCCCCCUGCCUUCUUUGGCUAUAAUCAAAUACUGUGGAUUUAUAAAAGUGAUAGUAUUAUUCUCUUAAAUGUACUGACUUUUGUUAAUAGUCAAGGGCUUGGUGUAGCAAUCAUUUCUAGGUAAUACAAUUUUUUUCUAAUUUUUGAGAUUAUAAUUUAAUUAAAGCUUUUCUCCCUUCCUUUUCCUCCUUUGAAAUUCUCCCCCAUCUCUCUCCCCAGACUCCUUCAAAUCCAUGGCUUUUUUUUUUUUAACCAGUUGUUAUUGCAAGCAUAUAUAAAAUUUCCUUGUUCUUUUUUUUUUUAAUGCAGAUAUACUGUGGUGGACCUACAGUUUGUGUACAAAUAAGUUAGGUUAAAUUCAGUGAGCUUUGCUUCUAUGUCAUAUACAUAUAUGCAACUAGUAUAGUUAAUAUGUAUGUAGAGGAACUUCCUAGCUUGCUGAAGUUGUUAACAGUGAUUUUAGUUGAAGUAUACUUGGCCCAAAAUAUGACAGCUUUUUUUUUUUUUAAUUACAAAUUAGAGAUCUUUUACUAUUCUAAAAAAAAAAAAAACCUUAACACCUCUUAUAUAUAAUGUUAAAAUGUCUGACUAAAAGACACUAAAAGCUCUUGGAUUUAAUACAUACAGUAUGACUAUGUAAAAACUGCUGUCUGCAGUCUGCUUAGGUUUCUAAAGAUAAAUGCAUACAUGCAUCCAAUAUCAGAUUUGCCGCAAGGUUUCAUUUCCACCCAGAAGCACGCAUGCUCAUUUUUUUGGACACUACAUGAAAAGCAUGCUUUCCAGUUUCCCUUUAAUAGUUCCAGCAGCAAUUUAGAAUAAGAAAGUUUGGUUCUUAAAAGAAUAGUUGGGUGGAUCCUUAGGUUGCAGGUAUUUUCCUUGUGGUUUAAAAGAGUUACUGUCUACAAGGGAUACAGUGAUACUGAAAGGAAGGAGUUAUCUGCAUCCUAGUUCCUAAAACCUGGCAAGCUGUCAGAGCUGGAAUUAGCUUUACAGAUGGCAUUUGGCAACAUGUCUACAUAUCUCUAAGCCCUCAUCUCCUGCGUUUUCUUCCACCUGCCUAUCAAUUACAAUAUCCAAUCACUGUUCAGGGAUGGAGAAGUGGGAUGAUCACAGCUCACACGAUGCUGUUUGGUUAGAAACGUCAGUGCUGCACAACCCACACGGCUGAGUCAGUGUCUGUGAGAAAAUGAGCUGAAUUAAUAUUUAGAGGGGGUUGAAUCUCUGAACAUUUAAAGCUUAAAUAUCUGCAACAGCAGGAUUACACAGUAGAGAGAGGGAAGCUAAAGGAAGUCUGGACAGGUGAGGUAGGAGGAGACUGGAAGAUUUUCUGACUGUUCAGAAGAAUCUUGAGGAUGAUGGAAAAACCAGAUGAACUAAAGUUUCCUAGUAAUGCCCAAGGAUGCUGACCUGGCUUUCAGUGCUGCAUUGUUUGAAAAAGCAGAGUCCCUUUACACUCUGAUUUCAAAAUUUUUCUCUUGUUUUUGUGUGUCUACCCUGGCAUACACUAAAGGAAGCUCUGCCUCACGUGUUGCUAAGGGAGGAGUCGACCACACCAAAAUGAGUCUGCAUGGUGCUAGUGGGGGCCAUGAGAGAUCAAGAGAUAGACGCCGGUCAAGUGACAGAUCACGAGAUUCAUCUCAUGAGAGAGCAGAGUCUCAGCUUACUCCUUGUAUUCGAAAUGUGACUUCACCAACAAGGCAGCAUCAUAUUGAACGAGAAAAAGACCAUAGUUCUUCUCGUCCAAGCAGUCCUCGUCCUCAAAGAGCAUCCCCAAAUGGCUCCAUGAGCAGUGCUGGGAACAGUAGCAGGAACAGCAGCCAGUCAAGCUCAGAUGGUAGCUGUAAAACAUCUGGGGAGAUGGUGUUUGUGUAUGAGAAUGCGAAAGAAGGGGCUCGGAAUGUGAGGACAUCUGAGCGAGUGACUCUGAUAGUGGAUAACACCAGAUUUGUUGUGGACCCGUCCAUUUUUACUGCACAGCCAAAUACAAUGUUGGGCAGGAUGUUUGGAUCUGGCCGGGAACAUAAUUUCACACGUCCCAAUGAGAAGGGAGAAUAUGAGGUGGCAGAGGGAAUUGGUUCUACUGUGUUUCGAGCUAUUUUGGAUUACUAUAAGACAGGAAUCAUCCGCUGUCCUGAUGGCAUAUCGAUUCCUGAACUGCGAGAAGCAUGUGAUUACCUUUGUAUCUCUUUUGAAUACAGUACAAUUAAAUGUAGAGAUCUCAGUGCCCUUAUGCAUGAGUUAUCAAAUGAUGGUGCUCGUAGACAAUUUGAAUUUUAUCUGGAAGAAAUGAUCCUCCCUCUCAUGGUAGCAAGCGCCCAGAGUGGGGAACGAGAGUGCCAUAUCGUAGUGCUUACAGAUGAUGAUGUAGUUGAUUGGGAUGAGGAGUAUCCACCACAGAUGGGAGAAGAAUAUUCACAGAUUAUUUAUAGCACAAAAUUAUAUAGAUUUUUCAAGUACAUUGAAAACAGAGAUGUGGCCAAAUCAGUUUUGAAGGAGAGGGGUCUUAAGAAGAUUAGAUUGGGAAUAGAAGGCUAUCCUACCUACAAAGAAAAAGUAAAGAAAAGGCCAGGGGGCCGUCCAGAAGUCAUUUACAAUUAUGUCCAAAGACCCUUCAUUCGAAUGUCCUGGGAGAAGGAGGAAGGAAAGAGUCGGCAUGUAGACUUUCAGUGUGUAAAGAGUAAAUCCAUUACCAAUCUGGCAGCAGCUGCUGCAGACAUUCCCCAGGACCAGCUAGUAGUCAUGCACCCUACUCCACAGGUGGACGAGCUGGAUAUCCUUCCCAGCCACCCUGCCUCGGGCAACAAUGACCUCGAUCCUGAUGCACAGAAUCCAAUGCUGUGAUGCUGAUGUUCCUGAAACCAUAGCAUGCUACUCUUCACAGUGACGUCGUACUCCUCCUUCUGCACUGCGAGGCCACUUUUCUUCAUUGUGAGAUGCACAUGUUUAGGAUACUGCAGUGUAGGCUUUUUUAAAGACCAAAGGUAGCUGAAUGGUUUUUUAAUGAGUACAACUUUAGCAUCCUCGUUCGAGUUCUAUAAAUGUAUUUGUUUACCAGUAGGUUUGUGAAAUUGGUUCUUUGUAUGGGGACAGUCCUUUUUCACAUAUCUAGGUUUUCUCAGAAGUGGUGGGAAUUUGGCAGCUGGGGUACUUUAAGUGUAGAUUGAUAUUUAUCUUGCCUCAGGUAAGAUGAAUAUUACAAAGUUGCACUUUAUAGAUGGUGGUUAAAUGGAGCUGUUGAAGCCAUUUUAGAGCUGUGAUGCACAGUAUAACAUAAGUGCUUCUAUCAGAGUAUUCCUCAGUACAGUAUGUAUAGUUGGCCCACAUCAAGCAAAAACAUAUUUAUCUUGGGUUUAUUUAAACAAUUAGGAUAAAAUUUGAUGCUUAUAGUGUUGGUUCACUCAUCUCCAGAGCCCUGCAGCCCUAUUAGAGUGAGUCACAUGCAGGGAGGGUGAACGUCAAGAGGUGGUUUACUGUCCAGUCUGCCUUAUCCUUAAUCUGUUCAUAUAUUUAUUUACUAAUGCUUUUUUCUUAAGAGUUAUGGGAUAGAAAAACAAACUGUUUGCUCUUCAUUUACUAAAUGAUUGUAAACUCGAGUUUUUCAUCAAAAUAAAAUUUCAUUGUUUUAAUGUUUCUGACCAA